ACUUUAUGGUGAAUUAGUGGAUGUGAUAGGAUUUCUGUUGAAUUUGGCAGAUGGUAACUCCAUGUAAGACGAUGUUUUAUUGCUUUGAGAGGAGAUUAACGCAGUCUUCUGAAUAACUGCUUGGAUUUGGCAUUUUUAAAGAUGUGCCACUGCGUAAAAAAAGGUUAUUUCCUCAUGCAACAGCGCAGUUUUGGAUGAAUCUAUAGGCUAUUUCAGUCAAAUUUAAGUUGUACUCUAUUAUAAUAUAAAGAUAAGACAGUCAAUCUCGAUUGGGCGUUUGUUUUGAAGUCCACAUCCCCUUAUUUCCGGCACGAAUCCACCUGACUGUGUCUGCGAUUUGGCGCAUCUGGACCUGCAGCCCUGCACGGAGAGGAGCCCUCCUCCCUCCCCCUCGUGUGUGUGGGUCCCUCCCCAGUUGAAAGACCGCACUUCUCGGCCAGGUGUGACAUUUUUGGAGUUCCUCACUUGAACCGCAACCCGCCGCGAAAAUGACGGACUCCAUACCGCCAGACCCCACCGCUGUCCCGGACCCGGUAACAGGAGUGGACCCCAAGGUGGCGAACGGGCAGUGCGAUCAGGACCACCACCACCAGCAGCAGCAGCAGCCCAAUACAGAGAGUGAGGGAGAGGGUUUGAAGAUGGACCAGGAGAUGAAGAUAACAGACAGCCUGGAGGACGGAGGUAGGCGCAGGGGAAUAUGGGGAAAGUUGAGGGUGCUGCGUCGCCAAGGCGCGCACUGUGCGUAAUACCAUGGAGACUACUGCUUAAUAUUGUUAUCCUGAGUCUGUGGCUCCGUUUAUAUUCAUUCACCUCUAAAAACGUUGUCAUUUUAAUGUUUCACGUUGCACAGCGUUUAAGAAUGCUAAGGUCAAUAUUAUAAACAACGCCAUUAGGACAUGAAGUCCUGAAUAUAUCAGCAUACAGCUUCAAUCUCUGCUGUGAUUAUUGUGAAUAAAUGAACCUCCUGCCUGUGAGGAAGAAAAAACCUCCUGUCAGCCAGUCAAACAAGAGUUUCCCUCUCACUGUCAAGUAUGUUAAAACUUAUUUUUUCGCUCCUGUACUUUUAUGUUAUCUCUCAGCCUCAGAUGUAGGCACAGUGAUGUGAUUUGGGCUUUAUUUCUGCAGCAAGGUUGUUUGAUUCAUCAGAGUCAUGAAAUACAUCAAUUUUUCAAAGACUUUUCCUUUCCUGGAAAGUUUCAGAGCUGUGAAAUCUUAGUUUUGUGUGUUUCAGACUUGAAACCGGUUUCACAGACUAAACAAGGCAGCAGCAGACAGAAACAGUGUUGCUCUGAUGUGAUAACUCAAGAACACUCAGCCUCUGCGAGUUCACUUCCAAAAGGCUUAAAAAAAAAUCAGAAAGUUUCUCUACCAAAGAUGCUUUAAUUUCGAGUGCCUCAUAAAUAUUUCAAAAGCUUUUUUUCAUAUCUUUCCCUCCUUUCGCAAAAAAGGAAAUGAGCUUCUGUCCAAAUGAAAACCACAGAAUGAGAUGAGAUCAGAAGUGAGUAAUGAAGUGGCUUUUCAAGACUUAGAUUUUGUGUUAAGUAAAAGAUUAAAACCACCCCUUCACCCAUGUAACCACUCGAGGUGUAGGACAGUUUUUUGGACCCGUCACCCAUCAGAUGUGAGCUGUUUAUCAGAGCCAAUUCGUGCCAAUCUGUAAAAAUGCAAACUUCAUACUGUAAUCUAUAACAACUCAGCCAUAUCACCAGAGCUGAGCUGUAAGGUGAGACUCUCGAUUUACCAGUCGAUCAACGUGCCGAUCCUCACCUAUGGCCAUGAACUUUGGGUGAUGACUGAAAAAACAAGAUUGUGGAUACAAGCGACCAAAAUGGGUUUCCUUCGCAGGACACUCGGGAGGUGCUCACUCAGAGUAGAACCGCUGCUCUUCCACGUCGAGAGGAGUCAGCUGAGGUGGCUCGGGCAUCUGGUUAGGAUGCCUUCUGGAUGCCUCCCGUUAAAGGUGUUCUAGACAUGUCCCACCGGGUGGAGACCUCGUGGCCGGCCUAGGACCAGGUGGAGGGAUUAUAUCUCUCGCCUGGCCUGGGUGCGCCUGGGAAUCCCCCCAGUAGGAGCUGGUGGAAGUGGCUGAGGUGAGGGCCGUCUGAGCUUCCCUCCUGAAGCUGCUGCCCCCGCGACCCGGACCCGGAUGAAGCGGAAGAAAACGACGACGACAUAUCACCAGUUAGAUGAAUGUUCAUGCACUCUUUCUCCACUCAUCUAAACAACCAAAAAUAUUCACACCCCAGUUAACGGUGAUCAAUAUGCGAAACAUCGUUAUCUAGAGAUGUCUUUACUUGUUCAGCCACAAAAACAGUUAAUUAUGUGCAUGUAUCGGUUCAUUCUGGCAGUAUGAAUCCGUUCUGAGGACUUCCUGCCCUUCCACAAGCGUAUGUGGAACGCCAUAGCUUAUGGAAGGGAGAUUACAAUUCCCCUAACUCCAUGGAUGUAUAUACAAAAGAAAGGCAAGUGAGGCCAGGUACAUAAAGGGUGGACAAAUAAAGACUGGAGAUCUAGGGAUGUCUUUCCUUGUUUAGCCACAAAACAGUUAAUUAUGCGCAUGCAUUAGUUAAUUUUGACAGUAUGGGUCCAUUCUGAGAACUUCCUGCCCUUCCACAAGCGAACGUGGAACGCCAAAGCCUGCUGCGGGGAGAUUACAAUUCCCCUAACUCCAUGGAUGUAUGUACGAGGGUAAAAGGCAAGUGAGGCCAGGUGCAUAAAGGGUGGACAAAUAUAGACGGGAGAUCUUUGAGUUUCUUUUGUUAAAAGACCCCAUAUGAUCCUCUCUAUUCUUCCUCUGACUCACUUCACUGUGUCCCGUGUCGCCUGCAGGUCUUUUGGAAAGCAGCAUGCGCCUGAAACCUCACGAAGCACAAAGUUACCGCAAGAAAGCUCUAUGGGUGUCCUGGUUUUCCAUCGCCAUCACCAUGGUCCUGGCCAUCGUUGCUUUCAGUGAGUACCCCUCCUUCUUUCUUUUUUUAUUUUUUAUGGAUGGAUUCUCUGACUCACAGGGAGCGAUGUUUUGUUUAUCUGUGGUUUGUGUUUGAGAGAUACUGCCGCUUGCUGUUUGGCCUUCAAGUUGGAGGACAGGUUUGUUAAUUACCGUGGCACCCAACAGCUUGAUUAAACCACAGCUCCUGACAACACGAAGGACAAGCACUUGAUGUCAGCUCGCUGUUUUGACAGCGCAGUCGAGAAAGCAACAUGGAAGAUUUUGAGCUGUCAAGUUCGGGUUAUCAAACCUCGAAUCUUUCAUCUGUCACCGACGUUUUCUCUUUUUAAGAGGUGAGACAAGUUUGAGGACCUGUCACUGCUGGAAGUUAAAGGCGUCUGUCUGUGGUUCUGAUUUAAAAUAAAAGUUAAAAAUUGCAAAUCAUUUCACCUUGGAUGAAAAAGGCAGAUUUUUUUUUAAGUCUUAGUGUUAACUGAUGCUUCUCCUCCCUCUGCGGUGAAUGCAGAUUAACGCUUGACAGAUGCAUAAGUAAAGAGAACGAGCUUUGCUGCAGUGGAGCUGAUCACUUUCAAGUGUGGUUUGCAGAUGAGCAGAGAUAUGAGGGUUUCCUGUUACAAUGAAGACAUCUCCCGUCUCUACCAGCUUGUUUUUGUUCGUCUGAACUCCAUUUCUAAGAUUUUUUCUUUUGGAGUAAUUAUUUGUUUGCAUAAAAUGUGUAAACAGGUCGUUUCUUUUUCCCUCUUUCCUCUGAGUAUCUUUUUAUGCUAAUAUUUUCAUUAGCCAUUUUGAUCACAUCUCUGUAGGUCUGCAGCGGCCCUCCCUCUUUGCCCGUCACAUCUCGCCUACUCCUCUCAUAAAUGAAACAUGGCCUCGCAUGCAAAUCGAAUGCUAAACGAGCACGGGAGGAGAUGAAUGGAAGUAGCUGGUGGGUUUUCAGUAAACGCAGACCCAGACAGUUAGAAUUGAAACUGUUGCUGCUCUGCACAAGUUGACCCUCUGCACCCUGUCAGAAGGGAAACAUUUUGUUCUACAAAUCAGAGCCUCUUCCUGAGCUCAGCCUGUGCUUUUCAAACAUGUUGCCCACUUCCUGGUCUGAUAAGGAAACCCUGUUGGAGAAGCAGACAGGACAGGCCUGUCAUACAGUUUCCUUCAUAGCCGUCUGUGUAUGUUAAGUCACUAAAGCUAUACAGUACAUUCCACCCUGAGACACGUGAAUGUACAGAACAGCGAACAAUCCAGUCGCUCGCACUUUUCUGCUUAAAAAGCAAAAAGGAGGAUAAUGUCUGGAUGCACUUUACAACCAAAACAGUCAGGAUGCUGCGUAAAAUGUGAAUAAAACAGAUUUUGAUGGUUUUUGGAGCAGUGACUUCCACAACAGAGUCAUGUCUGUUUAUGAUGCAGGGCACAAAGAUCAUGGCCAUCCUGUGCUGAUUUUAAACCUCAACCCUUUUUAACACAAAUAACGCUUAAUUCCCUAAAUCUUUUGACGACUUUAUAGCCUUUUUACAUAAUAAGUCACCUCAUUAUUUGAUCCCCCUCAUGCCUGAUGUAGGGGUUAAAAUUACAAUGAAGAAUUCAUCAACUCUGAGACACGUGAAUGUACAGAACAGCGAACAAUCCAGUCGCUCGCACUUUUCUGAUUAAAAAGCAAAAAGGAGGAUAAUGUCUGGAUGCACUUUACAUCCAAAACAGUCAGGAUGCUGCGUAAAACGUGAAUAAAACAGAUUUUGAUGGUUUUUGGAGGUGAUUUAGGAAUCAUAAGCAGUGACUUCCACUACAGUCAUGUCUGUUUAUGAAGCAGGGCACAAAGAUCAUGGCCAUCCUGUGUUGAUUUUAAACCUCAACCCUUUUUAACAUAGAUAACGCCUAAUUCCCUAAAUUUUUUGACAACUUUAAAGCCUUUUUUGCACGUCACCUCAUUAUAUGAUACUUUUUUCAUGCUGUAUCAGUUUGCUUAAAGCUCCAGUGAAUAGCUUUUAGAUUCUGUUAAUUUUGGCGCCCCCUGUGGACAAAGCAGGCAUUACUCAAUAAAAAGAAAUCCCACUUGGUCCUUCAUGCCUGUUUUAGGGGUCAAAAAUUACAACAAAGAAGUCAUCAACCUUGUUGCUUAUCAUCUUCUUGGCUAUUGAAUGUACUAAAAAGGUAUCCAUAUAAAAUUCAAUGUAUUUCACAGAGGAGCUUUAAACUGCACUUCUCUACUUUUCUUUGGCAAUGAUGGAUCAUUUGCAAACAGUCAAUGGCAGUAGCUGCGUGUUUGCUCAUCAAACACUCAGGAACCUCAUCAAACAUCAUGCAAAACUCACACCAAUCGUAUAAAUAUAUAUAAAGUACAACAUGUACAAAUGUAAAGCAUGUCCGCAGUACAUAUUUUUUGUCUUGACUGUGUGAGUGUCCUGUUAUCGACCAGCUGUGAGGACUCCACUCUGUCCUCUUGUAUGUGUGCCAGCUCUGUGUUGUAACAGUCCAGUGACAUGUCUGUUUUUAUAAUGGGCUUCAGCGUCAUAAAGUAAGCCACACCAGGUGAAACAUAUUAAAGCAAUAAGCUAAUGUGUCUAACUAUCAGCAAAUUAAUUUCAAUCGCUCAAAUUAUAUCGGCUAAAACUUUAAUUUGUAUCUUAUCACUCCUCGCAGGUUGAUUAAAUGUGGAGUCAUUUCAGGAGUGAUGAGAUAAUAGUGUGAACUCCCAAACCAGAGCCUGCAGGUGGAUGCAGGAUGCAGGAUGCAGAGGCCGUGACUGGAAAUGUUGCAGCAUUAAGAGGGUGUGAUUGUGCGAGUAAAGUUGCCAGAGUGGACUAACUCUCAAGGGUUGCUCCGUUGUUUUAGGAAGUGCAUCAUGUGAAGCUUUUCCUGCCCGGUGAGAGGCCUGCAGGGUGCCAGUCUAAUCAUUAUCACCUGCUGCUGUUCCCUGUCAGCGCUAUAUGUUGACAGAGCGAUAGCUGCUGGGCAACAUACCCUGUAAAACAUUAGUGUGACUCGAACAUGCGUAAGACUCCUGCAGCAUGUCAGAGACUGGUGUGAAAAUCUGCUGUGACGGCAGGUGCAGAUUAUGUUUACAGGCCUAGUAGGGAUGUAAAAUCUGAGUACAUGCUCUUUCUUCGAGUUUUCAUGGUAGGCUAAACGAGUCUUCUUGCUAGAGCUGCGUGUUAAUUUAUGGAUAUGAAAUUAUGAUGAAUGAGAUGUUUUCAUUCUUUUUGUAUGAUGAGGCUCCUCUUACCUCUUUUUGUUGAUUUUGUCCUAGACAUGUUUCCAGAAUUUUUUGUUAUGGUAAAUGUAAAAAAAAAAAAAAAGGCAGUCAUUAAACUUCCUAAGUUAUAUAUGUAAAAAAAAGGCAGUUAUUAAACUUCCCACUGAGCCAAAAUCAGGCUACCACAGGUCUAAAAAUGACAGUUUUCUAGACGUCUAAAUUUAGACCGAGUUUAGACUAGCCAGCUAAUAGAGGUUUACCAGUAUAUUGCUCAACGGUUAUCAUAAUUAUUUUGGUUUAGUACUUGGAGAUCAGUUAUGCAACUCACAGUUGCUUUUUGAAAUAAAUACUUAUAGAAUAUCGAAUAGUGGGUUAAAGUGCAACGUCUAAAUUCUGUCUACAGAUAUACAAAAUCUAGACGGUUGAAAUCAGGUCUAAAAAAUAACUAGACAUCUAAAAGCCGUCUAUUGCUCAGUGGGUUAUUUGUUUGGCUUUAUAUCAUCUCUCUAAGUUUUUGCCUUUUUUUUGAUAGUACAGGUUGGAAAUAUGGGGAAAUAAAGGGAAGGACAUGCAGUACAUGGUCAGGGCCGGACUCGUACCCACAACCGCUGCGGGGACCGUGGUCCCCAAAGUGGAUUGCACUAACCCACUCAGCCAUCUACGCUUCACAUGCAUACUCUUAACUAGGGCCCGACCGAUUUAUUGGCGAGCUGAUUAAAUCGGCAAAAACAUGCCAAUUUUCGCCGAUAUUUUCAGAAAUAAAAUAAAAGUUGAAAAUGCUUUUCUGGUCCGAGUUUGAUCAGUCGUUCUUAUAUAUAGCCUACAGCAUAUCUACAGUAUAUAGUAUACUGUAGAUAUCAACAGUAUAUAUAUAACUUCAUAAAAAAAUUUAAAAGUCGGCCGAUUAAUCGGUAAUCGGACACCCCCCCCCCAAAUAAUCGGUAUUGGCAUAGGCCCCAAAAAAUCCAUAUCCGUCAGGCCCUACUCUUAACAUAUUUAACACUGCUGUCUUUGAAGACCCUCAUUUUAGCUGCUGUCUGUGACGCACUGUCCCUUUAAAGCACCCCCAGCGUUCUAGAACCCAGCAUUCUUGAAGCCUCCACCACUGCUGCCAUGCUACAAAGUUGUGUUUCUUUGUAUAAAAUGACAAAUUUUCCCUCUUAAGGAGAUUCACUGAUGUCAAGAUUUGAGCGAACUGCUGAAUUCUCGUGUGACUUUUUUGAACACGCCGUUCAGAGAUCCAUGUAAUCCCAUGAGAGGAUUACAUCAGCUCACGUUAACCUUACAAUCUGAAACUUUGCUCAUGUACAGAACAGACGUCUAACAUUUUGAUUCAACAUUUGUUUUCAAAAUAUGAUAAAAUACAAUUUUAUCUGCCAAUAUGGUUCAAAUUCAAGCAGAUUCGGCAUCAUUUGGCUUCAGGGAGUCAAACUUCAGGCAAAGGUUUGUUGUCAGCCUGCCUUUGUAGAGUGAAAUGUAUCGUUCUGAAUUCAAUGAAUGAAUAAAUAUUUAAUGCCGGCUCUUGCUGUUUCUUUAAAACAAAACCUUGGCAUUGAACAGAGAAACAAACACCAACAGUCCACUUACCAUAAAAACAACUUUUACAAUAAAGUAAUUGACUGAUAUACAUAAUGCAGCUGUAAACACAAUCUACACACAGUCAGAGCCGGGAGGGUGUUUUAUCUUCUUUUUCCUGCUCCUCUUGUAAGAUGUGACAAGUAUGGAGGAUGGUAGAGACAGGAAAGUGAGACCUUUUAUUUGUGUGAUGUGUUUCUGUGUGUGUGCGUGUGUGUGUGAUAGGCUGAUGCAAUGUUGGAGCUCUGUCCCCGCAGACAUCCAACAAGCUUUCUUGGGAGCCAAUUAGCUAUCGCUGGGCUCGGCUUUGACAACCGCAGAGCUGCAGCAGAUUCAUUUACUCAGAGUUUCUUCCCUCUGCUCCUAAUGAGGGAGAUAGGAGGAGUGGAGGGAAGGAAAGAGGAAGUGAAGGUGGAGAAGAAGACAUCUCCAGAUGUAGACCUCUGAUUCACGAUUUUACGGGCAGAUCAUUCAAAAAUUUGAUCUUUAUUUUAAAAGCCACUACAAAAAAAUACACACCAUACGUCAUGCUCACCUCAAAAUCCUCCACAAGUCUAUAGUCGAAGCCGCCUGCAUGACACUCAGGUGUCGACACAGUCCCUCCCUCUUUUGUUUACCCUCAUUUGAACAGCUGUCAAUUUUUAUUUGCUGCCUGUUACCACACUCAGAACGAGGACACGGGGUUUAACCUGUUUAUUUACUUAAACAAAAACUCCACCCUGGAUGCUAACAGAUGAAACCUAGCGUGUUGUGCAUACAUUAGGGCAUACAUUAAAUGAUGGACAAAGAAUAGAAAAAAGUUGGUGUAAAGAAGUUAAGCCGGCUUGGAACCAGUCGGCCAAGUAUGGUGAGAGUUUAAGUGUGUAAGUUAUGGAUGAACAGCUUGUGGGUGUUACUUUUUACACAGCUUUGUACUCACCAAAUAUCUAAUGUUAGCUGUUAGCACCCACACUGCCCAAGAUCACAUUGUCAUAUCACCUGCUGUUGUUAUUAUACUCAUAAAUUUAUGGAGGUGUUAAUAGACAGAACAAUUUAACGUUUUAUCAAAUCCAGCUCAUACUGGUCUUUGUUUACAUGUGCGUAUAUAAAAGACUACAUGGGGACGUGAAAGAAAACUCUACUUGAAGAAUAAAAACCUGCUCUGCAGCCUUUCCACACAGGUGUUGAAUGUUACACACUCUGGCCAACUCUAGCUAACCAUGUGCACACUUACAGGAAGUCUGCCAAGCACCUAUGUGCAACUGCUUUAUCAUGGAAAUCAUGGAAACGCCCUUCCAGUCAACCUUUGGUCACACUUAUAUUUCUUUAACCUUCAGGGAGUUUCUUUUAAUUUUUAGUUCUAUACAAUUAUGUUACUUAACAGAAGUAGCUUCCAUUUCAAAAUAAAAGCAUAGGUUUUUAAGGUAGGAAAGCAAGCUAUAUACAUAAGCAGCUGGAUAGCUCAGUGGGUAUAGCAUCCAUUACCCAACUGGGGGGUUGAGGUACAAAUCCCGCACAACUACAAUUCAGUGUGGACCCGUAAGCAAAGACCCAAAGACUGUGGCCUACCUCGUAAACAUGGGUGCGUUACCAUUGAAAGCCUAACCUGCUCAGAUGUUGCCUGGGUUAACAAGGUCUGAGUCAAGGUCAGCUGCUAUCAGGACAUGAGAUUUUCUGAGAUACAACACAUUGAUGCUAUGGCAAGGGGGUGCAAGGACGCCAGAUCAGAAGGGGGAGAAACAAUGACCCUCCUAUGUUGGGUACCAAGUCCCAGAGUUGAACAAAGAGCAAACUGAGAGAUAAGAAUGGGUACCAAGCCCCAGAGUUUUGAGCGAACUAAGAUAAGAGUUUGAGGAGAUACAACACAUUGAUGCUACAGCAACGGGGAGCCAGGACGCCAGACCAGAAGGGGGGGAAACAUUGACUCCCCCCCGACGUUGGGUACCAAGCCCGAGUUUUGAGCCAACUAAGACAAGAGUUUGAGGAGAUACAACACAUUGAUGCUACAGCAAAGAGGAGCCAGGACGCUAGAUCAGAUGGGGGAGUAACAUUGACUCCUCCCUGGAGUUGGGUACCAAGCCCCUGAGUUGAACAAUGAACAAACUGAGAGAUAAGAAUGGGUACCAAGCCCCAGAGUUUUGAGCAAACUAAGAUAAGAGUUUGAGGAGAUAUAACAGUUAACUGGGGUUGGGUACCUACCCAAGAGUUGAACAAAGAGAUGAGUGCCUGUCAACCCUGACAAUGACUAGCACUUUGUGAAGUACCUCCAGAGAUCCUUGCCAAUAGGAAUGCAAAGUGACCAAUGACAGUGAUCCUUGAGGUGAUAAAGGGAACGCAAAGGUGUUUGGAGGCUUAGAUCAAGGUGUCACAGAGAGAAGUCAACCAGAAAAGGGGUACAAACAGAUGAAAAGAGACACAAGAGUACUUCCUGGUCGGAACAAGAUGUGACCAUCAUUAUGAGUGAGUUCAACAAGAGAUGGAUUGAUGGACUGUGGCGGCACAAGAACAGUUCUAGAGCAAUGGCGGCCAGGCAAAGAGGGCCCUGAAUUGAAUGUAAGAGGCUGGCAGGAAAAGCAUACAUGAAAAGCCAUUACCAAGUAGUCGGCAUGGUUUGGACUGGAAACCCCAGGGUCAAAAUGGGAAGCACCUCCCAAGGUGAUCAAGCCAAGAUCCAAAUAGAGAGAGUGACUGGGUGGUAUUGUGAUAUAUUAAGUUUGCACCUUCUCAUUGGUAUUCAGGGUGUGUUCAUACACAGAUGCAUGGGAAGGCUGCAUAAUUUUUCUGUUUUCAUUUUCGUCCGGGGAAGAAAAAGAUUUAACCUUAAGCCUGAAGAGAAACACUGAAUGUGGAUAAAAAUAUGAUGAAAUAGGGAAGAGUGGAGUGUGAAGAGAGGAAGAAAAAAAAGAGGGGGCACUGUAGAAAGUAGGGUUAUGAUUUCCCUAUCCGUGCAGCAGAAAGAAAGUUCGAUACCACACACUGCUGUGUUUCUGCAUGCAGGGCUGAGGCGAGAGGCUGGCCCCAAGUGAUUCAUGCUAAAAAUAAACUCGGGGAGGAGUGGAGAGGAUUCCUCCCCUCUAUCUUUCUGCAUCUUUCCUCGCCUUUGUGUCUCCCCUCAUCCUCCUAUGCAGGUGUAAGUGUGCGCACAGGGGUUGUGGCUCGAUGUUUGUUUUCGACAUAUUUACAAGUCACAAACAUAACACAGGAAGUGACACAGAAUAUCCUGAUAGCAAAAUAACAAGUCAACAAAUGCAUCUUAUCCUGCUCUUCAGGUUUGCCACACAAAUUAACAACUAGAGGAGCAAAUCGGCAUUAAAAUGCACCUCUGGACCCGUCUGAUAAUCAGCCAUUACUGCGGUUUAACGAGAGAGGACCCAAACAAUGAGUUUAUAAAUCUCUAAUUUAAAAACAGAAUCCUUGAUUGGCAUUUUUAUUUGGCAGCAGUCGUCGUUUAUUUGUUUGUGUUGACAGGCAGAGGCAAGAAUCCCCUGGAAUGACUUUUAUCUCAUUGUUUUAGCACACCGAAUCUCCUGUAAGCAAACAACAGCUCAAGAAAAUGAACAAAUAAUCCCUGCAGCAGUCAAGACGAGACAUUUUUGAAAAAUGAUAAACAGAAAAAUCCACAAUGUACCAGAAGAAGUAAUGAUUAAAGACUGAUGGAUUUUUCUCAUGACACAAAGAGCAAACUAUUCUCGAUAUUCAUUGUCUUUCUCUGUUUUCUUUACAGCUGUUUCUAUCAUGCGUCACAGUGCUUCAGCUUUUGGAUUUGCGGUAAGUUACUGUUGAAGCCAUCACUUAACGACAAGAUAGAUGACCCUAUUUUCUGUGUCGACGACAAUCUAAAAUGUCUGAGUUUAAUUUUUACUCCACAGUUUGACGCCACGCUGGACGUGUUGUCCUCUGUCAUUGUGCUGUGGAGGUACAGUAACGCUGCAGCUGUCCAUUCAGCGCACCGGGAAUACAUGUGAGUACAUUAGAUUUGCAGACACAUAGAUUAUUGUAUCAUCUGCAUACAAACUGUCAGGUUAAUCAAUUCCAUACACAUUUAAAAGUAAAGGGCCUUGAAUACAACCUUGUGGGACUUCUUUUUUUCCCAAGUCUGGACAUAUGACUUGGUAGAAUUCAUCCUAACAUCCUAAAAGCCUUCACUGCAAUGAAGAUGUUUUGAGAAAUUACUUAUUUUUAAAGAGCGUUUCAUGACUCAAAUGUAGACUGUAGCUCAUAUGUAUCAGAAAUCCAACAAAUUGUACAAAAAAUGGCAACAUUCCCGUUUUAAAGCUUCUGUACAAACUCCAGCUUUAAAUUGACCGAGCGGUACCUUUGUCAAGACUCACACCUACCAUGUGGUGGUGAUUUUCACCAUUAGAAAUAGCUACCAUACUUUCCGGACCAAAAGUUGCACUUUUUUUAAUAGUUUGGCUGGGUUUGCAACUUAUACUCAGGUGCAACUUAUAUAUAUAUAAAAAUAUAUAUAAAGAUAUAUUAUUCGUCCACCUCCGUAGUUAGCAGAGUUGUUCAGAAGUAACACAGAGGAUGAAGAAUUCGACGAAUUUAAUGAUUUGGAGUAAGAUCAAGAGUUUGGUAAACUUGUUUUGUUAUGUUCUUUAUACAAUAGUUACCUGAAUAAUUGUUAAUAUGUUACAUUUACAUACCAGACACCUAUUGAGUUCGUUGUUUAUGCUUCAUGUAACCAUCAACGUGCUACGCUAGCAUACUGUACACCUAUUCAGCCUGUUCUCUCGUCUAUUGUUAUUAUUAUAACUUGCCUUUCAAGAUGAAAUGUCUGUUCUUGGUCUUGGAUUUUGUAAAAUUGAUUUCCCCCCAAAAAUGUGACUUAUACCAGUAUACGUUUUUUCUUCUUCAUUAUGCAUUUUUUGGCUGGUGCAACUUAUACUCCAGAGCGACUUAAGGUCCUUACACACUGGAAACGACGCAAAUAUAUGACACGAAAUUACGAAAUAUUCGGAGGCGAAUGUUGACGCGCCUGACUAUACACAUCAAAACACAAGGUAACAACCAAGACCUAAUGGUGCUGUGACAGCAACACAAUUGAGUUUGAGACAGUAAAAAUACAUAUGGUAUGUUGUAUCUGAACAGGUUAGCUUACGAGCUAAAGUUACUUAGCACAGAUGAAAGUUAAAACAAAGACGUUUAGCAAACUGUUAAAGCACACAAAACAUCGUCAUAUAAGAAAUCUGACGCUAUGACUCUCCACAAGUUGUCCUUCAGGUCUUUAUCUUUGUAAUAUUUGUGUCUUUUAUCAAAAAGCACUCUGUUCUCCAACACGUAAACAAUCAGCCGGUCAGCCAUGUUGGAUAUACCAGUGAAUCUGACGCCGCAACAUCACGAAAUCUGUUUGGUCAGAAGUGGACACACAGAAAGCAAAACUUUAGAAAAUUCGACCGUGAUACGAAAAAAUAAAUGCCGCAAUAUCGCAGGACGGGAAAAUGUUGCUGAUGAAAACGCUUGUAUUGACAGGAUGUGGGUUUGAAAAAACAUCUACAUGAAAAAAACGCUCCCAAUGUGUAAGGACCUUUAAAGCCCAGAAAAUACGGUAAUUAGAAAACAUCAGCCUCACUCCCAAUGGUCUUAGAUCCUUUGUAGCUAAUGAAGCUGCUUUAUUUUGUAACUAAAGUCUUCCUUAUAACUAGUUUAAAAAAGUUCACGGGAGCUUCAAGGUCGUAGGAUUUGUAUCAGAAUUGAGCAGAUCUGUGUUGGAGAUGACUUUGAACUUUAAUCGCCUUGUUUUAUUUAUUGACUCCAGUCGGUUUAAGUCAGAGCUCAUACAGACAUAGUUCUUGCGUCAGAUUUCUAUUUUAAUUCUUUUGUUUUAACACCACAGCAGAAAGGUGUACUUGCAGACACCCUGCAGUGGUUAGCAGUAUGUGUGGUCUGCUUUGUGUUAUUGAGGAGUGUGUCAAACAGAGGGUCUCUUCAGCUCUGUCAGCCCCCAUCCGCUGGGACCGAUCAUAGACAGGUGCCUCGCGUCUUAUCUGUACCUGGCUGAGAAUGCUGUGUGAGAGUGUGUGUUCGUCAAGGUCAGGUGGGCUUUUCAGAGCCUCCUGAAUGGUGCAAGUGUUGGCAGCAAGCAGGCGACUGAAAGGGAGAAAGAAAGAGAGCCGGGUGGAAACAAACAAGGCUGUGUGUCACUUUUUUUUUCUGUUAACAAUACUGGUGCAGAUACACAGUCAAUUAAAUCUCACAGAAUUAAAAGCAUCUGUUACCCUUAGAUGUGAGGAGAACAUAUGUUAGGUUGAAAUCCAACUGUUUUAACACGCGCCUGCAUUUGCACACCUACAGGUACAUGCAAAGGAACUGCUAAUUGCUUAAGCAAUGACAGAUGGGAUAAUGUCCUGAGGAGAUAAUAAAACGGAUUAGGUAUUAAAAGACAUUGAGUAAAGUAGACGUAGAGAUAGAUUUAUUUUUCCCUCGAUUAAGAAAGAAAAUUGGAAACCACUCAUAUAUAGUCAAACUUAAUUUGUUACCAUAAAUAGAUGACAUAAAGUAUAUGGAGCUCCCCCUACUGACAGGUUUUAAAGCCUGCCAGCUCCAUGUAAAAUGAUGGGACAUGUGGCAGCAAUAAAACUGUCCUCAAUUAAUAUCAACAUGCUAAUGCUAGUUACGCAAUACUGUUUUGAACAAGUGGUUAUAUGGCCAACUUAAAGGUGGGGUAGGCAGGGAUUUUGGUGUAUAAACAAAAAAGCUUUUAAUAUCAGUCAAUAGAUAUUAGUUAUUGACGACAUUUGGGAAUAUAACGAUAUCGCUGUGUUCUCUUAUGUCUGUGUAGUCGACGUUGUAAAAAUUUUGUGCGGUCCGCUCUUUCCGACUGUAAACAAAGCCAUUCUCCACCUCCCUGACCUGAUUGGUUGUGAGGCAGACGCUGCUCCCCUGUGUUGUGGGGCCCGCUCCACAUCCUUGGACAACAUUCGCAAGCCCAAACAAAGUUAGCGUGCUACAACAAACCAGAAAGUACGGAAAAAUGUCUGAAUCCUCCUUUGGCCACGACUGCCAACACAAGCAAGAAAACAAAGUAAAUACAGGAGACUCUGGUGGAAUAAUGGGCGCUUAAAAAGGAGGUAGACUGGACAAGAUCCAAAAAGCCGGGUCAACAUCAAUGACGCAUAAAAGCUUCAGGAUCUUACGGACUCUGUAACCUUUAUGCUGGACAGGUAAACUUUAACAGAGUAAGCCAAGUGUAACAGAAGUGGUUCUUGUCAAACAGGACUUGCUGCGUGUUGUAGUGCUGCUAAACUGUUUACCGCAGGUCCCGGACUAUGUCACUUUCAGCUAGAUUUAAAAGUCCUGCAAACGUUGUGCUUGCUGGUAGUCUGCUGGCAUCUUCAGUAGCACUAAUGCUUUUUACUUUCACGUUGACUGGGCCCCAUUUGUAAUUAUCUGAAGUAUUUAUCUGCAUUAUAUCUGAAUUUAAUUGUAACGAUACAAGCGAGCACGAGCGUCUGUUUGUGGGCGGGGCUUGCUGGAGCAGAGAGGAGGAGCUGAGGGGAAAACUGGUUGGGAGGGGUAGAGUUUACAUUCAAGAUUUCUCCCAAAAAACUGGCACUUCCUCAGAUCCUGGAAGUAAAAUGAGACUGAUGCACGCAGUUGAAGGUCCAAAGCAGCAAAGCAUCUGCAGCAAUGAUCCAGAGGAACCUACGGCAUGAUGGAGCUCAGGGACUCCCAGGAAAGACUGUACUAGUGACUUUAAAAACUUCUACUUAUAAAUGUUGAUAUUAAAAGCUUCCUCUGUUUAGUUGUUAUUCUCUCUUGUCAGUGGGAGAGUAAUUAACAGCUAAGAGAUUGUGAAUCCUCUUAUUAAAACUCCCACAUGAAGUUAGUUUUCACCAGCAGCACUCAUUAUGUCAUUUCAGCUGCUAAUUGGAGGAUUCGCACCAACUUCAGGAGGCUACUCAGACUGUAAUUGGCUUCACUUAGAGGCUGGGUUUACAACAGAUACUGUCACACAAAUAAUUCAAGAACUGUCUUGAAAAAUACAGGAUGGGAAAAAGCAACUGCAGGCAACCAAAACGCCCACUCACGAAUGUGCAAGUACACAAGCUCGGGGGCAAAAGUGUCGGCACAUACGAACACAUCCCGGGGGUUUCGACAAUCUCCUCCAGCGUGUUUUGUGUCGGUAUGACAGCUGAGAAAACUAGACAUGCAGUUUAUCCUUCAUCAUUUUUUAAUCUGUCGGUGUCUAAUAGAGGCGAUGUGGCCAAGUGCUGGGGUACAGACUGGUUGCCAAGGUAACAAGCUCAAGUUAAGUGAAAACAAGAUGAAUUAUGGAGUUGAAAUGUGGAGCCUUGAGACACAAAAACACCUGCAAAGGUUACAAUGAGAUGCUGGUGGGCUGGCAUUGAUAUAAAAGGUGAUUCAAUGCGACCUGGAUGUGAAAAAUAGAGCUGUUGAGAAUCUUUUAGGCCCCCUGCUGUGUUGUUGUUGUUAUUUUACAUAGUGUCACUUUCUCACCCACUGUGCGCAAGAAACAACAGGGGGUGAUUUAGAGUGGAUUGAGAGCUCCCCUGGUGUGUGUGUGUACUCGUCCCUCUCCCAGACUGCUUCGUGUGAUGCUGGGGGUUGCCUUGGUUACCCCAUCUGGUCAAAACCCAUGACAUCGAGCGAAGCUUUCAGGAGUUGAACACACAGGCCGGGAGCCAUGCAUGACCAGGGCGUAUUCUCCUGUUGUUAUUUGUUUCCCUCUGGACUCAGUUAAUUGAGCAGAGGUGGUUUGAGGACGUCUGCUGCCUCGAAAUAAGCCCCAAAUCUGAGCAUGAGUUACAUUUAUUCAGGAGGGCAUUUACAGAUAAUAGGAAAAGUCAGGUAAAGUAAACCUUAGGCUGCUGCGAUUUAAAGGGAUAUUCCAGCGUAAAAUUAACUUACGGUCAACACACCGUAACACCGAGUUAGAUACCCCCUUAAGAGAUGAAUGUUGCCGACCGCUUGCUUCUCUAGUUACACCAACUUUAGUAACGACCACAUGAUAGCAAUACACAGCGGUCUGAGGAGCCAUAAACAAACCUCGACCAAAACGCCACUCUAUAGCCACAAAUAAUGCUCAGAACAGCACCUAACUUCAUCAACAGUACAUAUAGGGUCCCAGCCAUAGCACUAGCCACCAAACAUCUUUUUAGCUUUGCCUGAUUUCUGUAGCAAAAAGACUAAACACAACUCACCAACUCUCUUCCAGCAGCUGCUUGUUUGUAGUGAAACCGCAGGCCAGUCCAUUACAUACUACAGCGGGGUGACGCAGCUCAAGAACAUUUAUAAUCAUUAUUUUAUCAUUUCCUUGAAGUAAAAAUCACCAUAUUAAUCAUUUUGCACUGCAGAUGCUGUAAUUCUUCUGCCUUAGAGUCUCGCUCUGAUUGCAUUUCCAUGAAGUAAUGAUCAUAAAUGUUCUUCCUUGAGCUGAGUCACCCCGCUGCAGUCUGUAAUGGACUGGCCCGAGGUCUCACUACAAACAAGCGGCUGCUGGAAGAGAGUAGGUGAGCUGUGUUUAGUCUCUUUGCUAAAGAAAUCAGGCAAAGUUGAAAAGAUGUUUGGUGGCUCAUACUAUGGCUUAGACCUUAUAUGUACUGUUGAUGAAGCUGUUCUGAGUAUUACUUGUGGCUAUAGAGUGGUGUUUUGGUUGAGGUUUGUUAAUAGCUCCUCAGACUGCUGUGUAUUGCUAUCGUGCGGUCGUUACUAAAGUUGGUAUAACUAGAAAAGCAAGCGGUCGGCAACAUUCAUCUCUCGAGGGGGUGUCUAGAUUGGUGUUAUGGUGUGUUUGACCCUAAAUUAUUUUACGCCAGAAUAUCCCUUUAACCUGUUUUUGGAAGACUGCAGGUUGCCAAGGUCGUGCUAUUAGAGAGAGAUAAGCUGAAAGGAUAAUAUUCCUCCAAAUUUGGGGAUUUUAUUCAUAUCAGGAGCCAAAAUUGAGCAUGUUUUCAAAAUAUCUUUGAGAAGGGAUGGUUACUUUGACGCUUGUAUGCAUAGUAUCCAAAUAAGUUGCAGCUGAUUUUACCCUUUUCACUAAAGAGCAUGUCUCGAGUGUGACACCCAUCAGGAAAUGAUUUUAGGCCGAAUCAUUAAAAAUUCAAGUCUGAAAAGGUCACAGGAGUUGUAAUAUUGCAAUUACCUUACGAGUCUGAGUAUAUAAUCUUCAGAGUGAAGAUUUUGACUUUCCCUCAGCUGAACUUUGGUGAUCGCUCUCCUCACUUUACUUUGCAAACAAAACUCUUGAACCCAAGGUAAAAGUAAGAAGGACUGAAUAAAAUACAUUUCCCAUAUCUGUGUGCUUUUUUCCCCCUCUGCAGAGCCUGUGUUAUUUUGGGGGUGGUUUUCAUCCUGUCAUCCUUGUGCAUUAUGGGUAAAGCCAUCCAUGACCUGGCCACAAAGCUGCUACCUGAAGUGGUAAGUAUUUAUCGAUCAUCAUUUCGAAAGAGGUGCUUAAACCCAAAGUUUUCAUGAAGGCUGUUUACACCAGUGGGCUAGAAAUAAAUCCGACUGCUGGGGUCAGAAUUGGACUCAGACUGGGGAGUGAGAAUGCUUUGGAUUAGAGCUACAAACAUACGGGACAGAUUAAGUUAUCCAUUUAGCACUCAAACACACUAAUAUUCAGCAGGGCAUUAUGACAGAUGUACUGUCGGUGAAACAGUCGAACAGGGUCACUUUAGGUUAUGUCCUCAGAAGCGAUGCAGGGUGCAGAUUAAAGCCAAAACACUGGUGUAUGAUUUAAUUUUUUUGGUGGAUUCGGUGCUUGUUUUUAAAGCUUUACCAGACAGCGAAAGCACUCUGCCCUGCCAGGAUUUAUCUGCUUUUACAACUAUAAUAGCACCAAUCUGCCAGAGACGAGGAUUUCUCCAAAAAAGCUCGGUUUAUCCCGCGCUUUCAGCGUAUUUCAACAUAAACAUGUCUCCGUUCUACCAUUUGAACUGGCAGCAGAUUUUAAUAAGACAGCAUAUUUUCAGCGUUGGUCGGUCACGGGGGGGUUAGUGAGUCAGGCCCUGAUGAGGUCAAGUUAUGAGAGGAGGGUUUCCAGAUUCAGUGUUUGAGCUGGAUUGAUGGAAAAUUUAAGCUCUGUAUUUUUGUUCUGCAAACUGGAGCUCUGAAAGGUCGAACAGGGGUCAGGAGAUACACCAACUUGUUACCUGACAAUCAAAAAAUUAGGAUGCAGAGUCUGCGUCCCAAGUUACGGUUAAUUUCAAAGAACUGAUGCUGCCAAAUAUUACUGAUUUUUUUUUUUCUGUUGGCCUUAAAAUCCUUUUGACAUUUCUUGAAUGUUCAAUAGUUUGAGCUGAAUGAGCAACAAUCAGAUCUGCAGUCACAAACAAAAAACUUCACGCUCCAUCAAGACAGUUUGGUUUUGUUUGAUUGACAGAGACCAAACAAAAGAUUUACAAAGGGAUUUACAAAAACCAUCAUGUUGAAGACUGUGUGGGUUUGAGUUUGAUUGACAGUCGCCAAACAAUAAGAUUUUAGUUUAUGUACAAAAAAACUUCACGCUUCAUCAGAAAUGUGUGGGUGCUGUUUGAUUGACGGAGUCCAAAAAGGCUGAAUAAAACUCGAUAAAGUGUUGCUUGGUUCAGACCGUGCUGGACUGCAGAGAAGUGGUCAGGGCCUUUGGUAAAGAUGGAUUCUUUUUAAUGUGUGAUACAUAAAUGUUUAAAAAGUAGAUAUUUUGUAGAAUUAAGUUACAUUUAAAAACUUAUUGAGAGACGAUGAUAGAUCUUUAAAUUUCCUGAACAAAAACCCUACAAGUGAAAGUCCAAUCACCACUUGCUUUCUGUGAUUUUGUUAUGAGACUUUUUAUCUUUAUUUUCUCUACUUUCUCAGAGGAAAACAAAAACUAAUAUAAUCUGCAUGGCUUAAUGCACUCAACUCCUAUUUUUCAAUUUCCUGGAUCACCUGCAUAACAAAAACAGAUCCCCGUGAUGAUAAAUGCAGAUUCCCAAAUAGUCUUUGUAACUCACUAAAGCUUAAAAUUCAAUAAAAUUUUAAAUCCUCUGUUGAUUUAUUGGACCAUCUGGGUUUUCCUUUAUUCUUCUUGGCUGCAGUUACGCUGAGAGUCAGGAUUCAUCAGAGCAUAAACAAAGGUAAAAUGUCAAAGUCAAGGGGAGGACUGACAGGUUUUGUUUGCCUGAGUCAAACCUGCUUCUUGUAUGUCACAUUUUGCUUCUGCUUGACCAGUUUUUGAGGCUUCCUGAGAACACAUAUACACAUUUUUAUUUAUAUUUAUUUUCUAUUUUUACCGGUAUUCAAACAACUAGGAAUCAGUCGUCUUGAUUCCGUCGCAGAGGAACAGCUUGUACCAAUUUUAUACUCGGCUUAGGAGUGUAUGGUUGUCAAAUGUAAAUGUCAAGUACUGUGUUCACAUGCAGGGCAGGGUCUAUUUGUCAUGAGCACUGCCUCUUACAUACAUACAGCGUAUGUGUGAGUGUUUGCAGUCAUCUUUUCCAAAGCCAUAAAAGAUCUUCCCAUGAGAUUGUUUACUUAAAACUGCUUUAGUACAGCUUCUUAAAUAAAAGAAACCCUGGUGCUUCUUGCCCAAAAAAGACAGUUACUCUUUCACAUUAAAGCUCCCAUGAGGCUUUUAUUAUUAUUUUUUUUACAUUUACAUGAUUCAUUUGACUGUCAAAAGUUGCAGAAUUUGAUUUUUCAUUCAACAAUACCACUAACGCAUGUGAGGGAAAGAUAAGCAAAGGGGCUGCUCUGUCCACAGGGGUCGCCAAAAUUGACCAAAAGGUCCCUACAGGACCUUUAAGGACCUGAAAUGAAAUCUGGACAGUUAUUUUUGAUAUUAUUAUCAUUAUUAUUAUUAUUGUCAAUACAUUUAUUUAUGAUUUAUUAUUAAUGUAUUAAUCUAUUACUUUUAAUGUUAUCAUUAUUAUUAUUAUUUUAAUCCUAUUAUUGUUAUUAUUGUUAUUAUUUUUAUCAUUUAUUAUUAUUAUUAUUAUUAUUAUUAUUAUUAUUAUUACUACUGUAAAUACAUUUAUUUAUGAUUUGUUAUUAAUGUAUUAAUUUAUAACUUUUAUAGUUAUCCUUAUUAUUAUUUUUAAUCCUAUUAUUGUUAUUAUUAUUUUUAUCAUUUACUAUUAUUAUUAUUAUUACUAUCUAUUUAUUACUAUUAUUGUUAUAUUAUUGUCAUUAUUAUUAUUAUUAUUAUUAUUAUUAGUAGUAGUAGUAGUAGUAGUAGUAGUAGUGGUAAUGGUAGUCGUCGUAGUAGUAGUAGUAUCAGUAUUGUUAGUACUGUUAUUACUGAUUAAAUGAUAAUAGCCCGAUUAAGCCUUAACUAAAGCUAUAUCACAAACAGUAAUAACUUCUUCAGGGGCUUUAAGACUUGGUUAUAAUAUUGUGUUGACUAGUAACCUAGCAGGACUAGCAUGACUAGGCACUUCGUGGUGAAGAGCACAGCCUAAUCUGGUUUUCAUAUAAGCUCAUAAACCACUCUGCAUCAUACACACUGAUGAAAAACUCACAAUCACCUGCAGAUGUCAUAUCAGGAAGUACUCGGGACCCAGGAUUGAUCCUUGUGGAACACCAAAUUUUGACUCAUUAAAGUAAAGGUGCUUAAUUAAAUGGCAAACUAAAAGUGCACUUAAUUCUGUUUACUUCUUUAUUAUCUCUAACUACAACAUCAAAUAGCCUCCAUUUGUGCCUGUAAAGUACCUUAAACAUUAAGAGUGGCUCUCAUUGAAAAAGUCAGUAUUUAUUAAAGUGGAGGAUGUGUCCUUGGUGCUAAAGAACAUAUUCUAUCACUGAGGAUAAUGUGCUGUUUUUAUUGAGUCACAGCACUGACUCAGUUUUUUUACAGCAUGCUGAGGUUUUCUCUCCAUCUCCCUUUUGAAGUCAGUGAGCUCGCCACAGUCGCUGUUCAUGGCUCCAAGGCCAUAGUGCAAUAUUAAUGUUGCUGCAGCAGUACUGAGUGCUCUGCAGCUCCCUUUCUCCUCUCGCAUCCAUCCCUCCUUGUCCCUCAUCCGUCAAUACUGAGUUUACCAUGAGGCAUUGAGCUGAUGCCCUUUUCAGUGAGACUGAAAAGAAGAUAUUUAAAUGGAUAGAGUUAAAUAAAACCCUUAUCCUAUGUCUCCAUGUUACGAAAGAAACACUCAGGUAGAAGCUGAAUGUUGAAGCAAUUAAUGCCAACCUAUAGAGAGCAAAGAAAAGGAUUGUAGAGUUAAGUUCUAUUGAAUAGUUGAGAGGGGAGGUUUUAUGAGCUUUAAUAGCUGAACUUUGGACAUUUGUGAAUGAGAUGUAGAAAAAAAAAAGGAUUAUAGAAAAAAGGACUGUUUAUUAGGGCCCUAUUAAAACCCAAGGAGUUCUCGAUCAUUAUUAUUAUUAUUAUUAUUAUUAUUAUUAUUAUCAAUGUUAUUUUACAGCGUCUGAAAACGCAAAUUUGACCCCCUGAAUGACCUCGAAAACUCACGAAAAUUUGCAGACAGGUCAGGCCUGGCGAAAAUCGCAAUGUUUCAAAGUGACCCAAAAAAAAAGCGAUAAAAAAUGGUUUGCUGGCGCCCUCUACAGAGCGGCAUGAAUGUCGACUUUUUCCGAGCUGCCUGAAAUUUUACAGGCACGUGUAUCUUAACGAGAUCUUUGAUUUUGCGCGCUUGGACUUUUUUCCUCAGACGCAAAUUAAAGAGUUAUUCCGCUGUUUUCGGCCCAUUUUAGCCAUUUGCAUAUGUCACACCAAACGUAUCUUGUUGAUUUUAUGAUCUCUGUUGCUGACAUCUACCUGCCAAAGGGACUAAAGAUGGAAAUCAACCAUUUGGCUAUAAUCUUGCAUAUUUACAUGUAUAUGUAAAUAAAUCCUAUAAUAAAUCCUAAAUAGGGCUUUGGUAAAACUGUAAACACAACUGGCUUGAGAAUUUGAAGUAAUGCAAACACAAUAAACUCAAAUAUCUUCCAAAACUCUAAACUGCAUUUUAAAGUAAAUGUUUGUCACAAAAAAUAUGUAAAGGGUCUUAUAGCAUCUAAAGUAAACCCUUGGCCUAAAAUACCAAAGAAUAAGAAGGUUUAGACCUCACAUUAGCAGGUAAAACAACAACAAGGCCUCAAAGGUUUAUGAUCCAGCACGCAUUAAACUUUGACUGAGGACCUAGAAUUGAGCCCUGGGGGACACCAGUGACAAGAAGUGGGUAAAACACAAAUUAAUCAUAGCUCUCAAUCUUUCUUUGUGUUUCUGUCUGUCUCCCUCAGGAUGCAUUCUUGUUUAGCGUGUCCAUCAUCAGCGGCUUGGUGUGUCUCAUCCUGUGUGUGAUCAAGUUUAUGCUUGGCAAAAUACUGACAAGCCGAGCCCUCAUCACUGACGGUAGGUGUGCACACCAAAAAAGAGACUAUUUAUGACUUUUUUUGAGAGAUAAUUAAGGAAACGGUCACUUUUGUGGACUAGAUCGUAGUCUGGAGCUGGACCUUGAAGGUACAAAGGAUUUUAAAAAAUGGUUUGUUCUCUCUGUUCAGCAUUCAACUCACUGGUGGGGGCGAUCAUGGGGUUCUCCAUCCUUAUAAGUGCCGAGGUGUUCAGACAUGAGCCCAAGGUGUGGUAUCUGGACGGGACAAUAGGCAUCCUGAUCGGUCUUGUCAUCCUUGCCUAUGGAAUCAAGUGAGUGGAGAAAACAACAGAGAUAGUUUUCAUAGAGUUUAAUGACAACCAUUUUCAGAGAUGGGGACUCGAGUUUGAGACUUGACUUGGACUUGUAUUUGAUCUCAAUUGUCCCCCUUCUUUCCCUGCAGGCUGCUAGUUGACAUGGUCCCACGGGUCCGGCAAACCAGGAACUACGAGCGUUUUGAGUGAAGGACUACUGACGGGGACAAAAAAAAGGAGGAGCUGAGUUUUUCGGGGGGAUGACCAGGGGCUUACUGACUUUAUGACAAAGGGACAGGAGGAUAGUCCCAACAGUGUCUUCACAGACAAUCACACUAAAGUCCUUGGGGUGCCAGAGGAUGCCUCAGAGCCCCCCUGUUUUAAAAUGAGGAUCCAGGUGGAUGAUAGCUGGAUCAACUUGGUACCUUUUGAAGUGUUUUACAGUUUGAUGUAUAUAUAAAUAUAUCUUUAUCUGUCUUUUACCAGUGAAUGGGCGGUCUCUUCUAUCACGCCUUCAUAUUUAAACAGAAAGGUUCAAAGAUAGACGAAUGGGAGUUAACAAAACUCGACAGAGGUGACCCCGAGUGUCCAUAACUCCUUAUGAGCAACAGUCUUUGUACAGCGUGCUGAUGUACGAUACCUCAGUUAUCCCGCUCAAAACACAGCAGUUUAUUUUCCCAUGGUUCUUAGAGGCCUUUGCUCAGCUGUGCUAUAAAACGUCGCAGUGUGUCAGGUCUUAUGAUUGAUGUAGCUGAUGUAGCAGUGGAGUGUAGUUGUUUUUUUUAAUAAGGAUGUAUAAACACACACAGAGGCUUAAUAUCAUGUUAUUGCUGUUAAAUUGUUUUACCUGGACUUUUGUGUUUGGAGGCCUGGAGCGGGAACCACCUCAGCGACCUCAUGUCAACACCAGCUGACGGACCUGAAGGAUAAAAAUCGUAUUUUGGUUUCAGUAACUCAAACAAUCCUGAUUCGCUCCAGUUCCAGGACAGACAGAAAGUUGCUGAAAUAGACUCAUCGGUUGGCUUGUUGUUGUUUUUUUAUUAAGAAGUGGAAACCUCACAUUAUUUAUGCACCACCUGCCGACAAGAAGAGGUACUUGCCACAUGUGAAUUCAUUAGAAUGUGCAUCCAUUACAACAUGACAAAGUCAGCUUUUGAAUACUGUCAGCACUGACAAACAGCUCAUCAGUCAGGGAUCCUUAUCAGGCCGCACUUGCACGUCAAGAAAUCAUCCGUAAUUCGUCAUCUGGUCAUUAUGGGGUGUUGACCAAUCAGAAUUAAGAACAACUAAGAAAUGAAAACAGGAGACGGAACAACUCUGCAACACCUCGAACAUUUCAUAUGCUGCUCAUGUCCCAUGUUGCUGACUUUAACUUGCGAUUGUUUGUUUUAAAUUAAGCUUAAUAAACAUAUUAUAUUAAACUGGUUUAGAUAGUGUCGACACUCCCUUGCUAUGUAAGCAUGAGGCGUCCAGUCACGACUGAUCUAUUUAUUGCCGCACUUUAUAUGAGGUUGUAGCGCAUCCAUCUCCAGUCAUUCAGGUCGUAUUAAAGCUCCUGUGAGGAGCUUUUUGUGUUUUUAUGAAAUAGACUUAAGGUCCUUACACACCGGGAACAACGCAAAUAUGCGAUGCAAAACUACGAAAUAUUCAGAGGCGAAUUUUGACGCGCCUGACUAUACACAUCAAGCACAAUGCGAUUUUGCGACUUUCUGGGGGGGGGGGGGGGGACGUCAGACUUUCCGGUGAAUCUGACGUCGCAACAAUACGAAAUCUUAUUGGUCAGAAAUGGACACACAGUAUGCGAAACUUUAGAAAAUUCGACCAUGAUACGAAAAAAUAAAUGCAGCAAUAUCGCAGGACGGGAAAACGUCGCUGAUGUGAACGCUUGUAUUGACAGGAUACGGGUUCGAAAAAAAAAUUGACGUCUGAAAUAAUCGCACGAAAAAAUGCUCCCGGUGUUUAAAGGACCUUUAAACUCAUACUGACGUCUUUUAAUGAUGCACAAAAAUAAAUAAGACCAUCAGUGAAUGGAUGACUGAUUUUCCCACUUCGGUUUUGAUUGCCUGAAAUUGUUGCAAGGAGCAACUUAAACUCACACACGUGACCAUCAAAAGUCAGAGGGAGGACAUGUUGGUCAUAAGACACUAGUUUCGCAGACAAGAUUAGUCAAUAAACACAGAUAAAAAGUCCCCUACAGGAGCUUUAAUUAUCUGGGCUGGAGAGCUCGGCUGCUGUGGCGUCUAAUGCUGCUUCAUACGUUUGAAAUGACAAUGACUGGACGCGUAGAUGGCUAAGUGGGUUAGCGUGCGUGGAUUUAAGUCCUGCCCCAACCAUGUGCUGCAUGUCCUCACCCCUCUCUCUGUAAAAUAAAAACAAAAGCGCCAAAAAAUACUUAAAAAAAAAAAACAAUGACUAGAAAAUCUGAUCAGAUCCGUGCUGACAGUAUUUCUGUUUUCGCUCUCACUAUUUACAAACUGUGAACUCUCUAUUUCACAAACUGUGAAGGAUUCAACUUUCCAGCAUUUUCAGGACUUUUCAGAUGCUGACCACCUCAUCAUGAAGACCAGAUUUUGUUCCUGUUUACACUGACUCUCGUAUCUGUUGAUCUGAUACCCAACAGGACAGUCACGUCCAUUUCAAUUGUCAUUUUUCAAGCCGUGAUGCCUGAUCUUUGUUCCCACAGUCACACUUUUUAGCUCCACAUCAAAUACAAACAGCCAGGCAAUGGUUUUUGGACAAGAGUCAAAUCAAUAUUUUUCUUGGAGCAGCAGUAGCUCAAGAGGUAGAGCGAUCGUCCUAUAACUGGGAGGUUGGCUGUUCAAUUCCCCCCCUAUCCCAAGUCUGUCCGUUGUGUCCUUGGGCAAGACACUAAAUCCUUUCAGUGUAUGUGUCCUGCACUGGUGUAUGUUUGUGAGUGUUGCAUGGUGGUGGUCAGAGAGGCCGUAGGCGCAAACUGGCAGCCACUAUUAAGGUAGUUUACCACCACCAAGGUGUGACUGUGUGAGCGAAUGAAUGAUGUAUCCCUCCAGCAAUGAACUUUUGAGUUUGAAGAAGUUAUUGACUCAAGCUCAUUUCCUAAUAGUCUAUAUUCCAAAGCCUUAAAUCCUCUUAUCAGUGACUGUAAAACAUAUAUGUAAGUUUCAGUCAUCCUUUGUUGAACUCAGAGGCAGAAGUGAUCGUGAAAAUAGUUCACUUUUACAUCAUACAUUUCCCCUUGAAUCUGUGUUUGCUGCAGUGACUGUAACUGAAUGUAAACUGUGCUGUAAACCUGUGUUACUGUGUUACAAAUAGAGAGUUAUUGAAGUGCAGCAGUGGUAUUUUUUAUGGAUGCAGGACGCAACAGUGUAUGUAGUCAUAUAGUGUUUGAAAAAUACUAUUUUUUAAGGCACAUAUUGAAUAUUUUAAAGGGAAAUGAUCAUUUUGAAUGAUGAAUUCAUCUGAUAGCUUGCUGUUACUCUUAUAAGCCCAACUUUUUAGUCUCUAAAUCUGAACCCACUACAAAUGAAAUAAUUGCUUCUGGUCAAAGAUCCUCUUGAACAUAUUACUUUCAAUUAAAGUCCCUGUAAUAAGCAUUAAUUUACCUUUUCUGUUAGGUCUAAAAAUUGCAGUGAAAGUUGCGAUCAUAUCACAGGAAAAAGGGCAAUUGCAAAUGAGCUACAACAGUCUUUUGUGAGUUUUUAACCUUAAACCAUAAGAUUAACAGAGUGUCUCGGAGUGAUAUCUGAAACACAGACAGCCACACAGAGAGACCGGCACACAGGGCAGCGAAACUUGGGUUGCACUCAAUUUUACAAUUUAGAGAAAACAAAAAGUAUAAGCACCAAGUUGAAUUAUUAUUUUCAUUUGUGGGCUUGUUUUUUUUUUUACCUUUUCACACACACCCGCGCUUGCACACUACUGGUAUUAAGUUAGUUUGAUAUUGGACAUUCACAUGCAUUUAACAUUCAAAACAAUUCUCCCUGACUGUGUGCCUUACUCAUAUCAAACCAAUUGUGUAACAUAGAGACUCAUGUUCCUCACAUGCUACAAGACAUCUCUUUUUGAAACGUAUCUAUUGUGCAAUUUUUAAAUAUUUUUUAAAUGAUAAAAAACGCAUAUAAAGCAAUAAGUCACAUGGUCAGGGAGAAUAAGAGCUUUAUAUGCCUUUUUUCCCCUUUAAAAAUUAUUUUAAAAAUGCACAAAGGAUAUAUUUAAAAGAGAAUUCUUGUGGCAUGUGAGGAAUAUUGGUCUCUAUGUUGCACAGUUGGAUUGACAUCAAUAAGUUACAUGGUCAGGGAGAAUAAUAGCUUUAUGUGCGUUUUUUUCCCCUUGAAUGUCAAACCAAUGUGAAUGUCCAAUGGCAAACUAACUGAAUCUCCGUACGCACAGUAGAUGAUACACAAAUAAAAGCAUGCAUCUCAGCGCAUACCUUGACCCUUUCAGCCACUGUUGUUGUUCUGGAUGCAUCAGCUUCUGUCAUUGUGACUUGUCUCGUCAGUCCUCUUUGAGUUUCAGCUGUUCUUCUCCAUGCAUGUUUUGCGCGACGAUUUUCGCGUGUGUUGCGCCACAGUAUUGCAGGCAGUGCAGAAAAGUUUUCCUCCGCUUUCAUGUAACAUAUCUGGAAAUGGACUUGCAGGAACUUUGACGGCGAUAUAUUUGUUCGUAAAUGUGAGCGUUUAGCGUUACACGUCUUUAUCCUCUCAAUGUAAACAAGGAAGUGAAAAUGAUGACGUACAUGUCACGCAGAGGCGUGGCCGAAAGAGUGCUAACGCUGCGUUCAAGUUACCUCGGAAGUCAGAUGUCCGAGCCGAAAAUGACGUCACACCCGAGUUACCUGCGUUUCAGUUACCAAGUAGGAAAAAAGGAAAAUCGGAAGCAGAAACAAGAUGGCUACAUCUACGAAAGUUAUUUUAACGCUUGCCUUGUCCGAAUAUAGGGCAAGAGCCAAAAUAACUUUCGUAGAUGUAGCCAUCUUGUUUCAGGCCUGCGAUUUCUGCUACAUCAACGAAAGUUAUUAUAGCGCUUGCCUUAUAUUCGGACAAGGCAAGCGUUGAAAUAACUAUAGUAGAUGUAGCCAUCCUUUUUCCGCCUCCGAUUUUGCUUUUUGUCCGACUUGGUAAUGGAAACGCUGAUAACUCGGAUGUGAUGUCAUUUUCACCUCGGACUUCUUACUUCUGAGGUAAUUCGAACACACCAUAAUGCUGCAUUCGAGUUACCUCGGAGUUCAGGAGUCCGAGCUUGGAAUGACGUCACACCUGAGUUACCACGAUUGUAGUGACCUAGUCGGAAGAAAGCAAAAUCAGAGGCGGAAACAAGGGGGCCACAUCUACGAAAGAUAUUUUCGGACAGGGCAAGCGCUAAAAUAACUUUCGUAGAUGUAGCCAUCUUGGCUCCUCCAAUUUUGCUUUUUUCCGACUUGGUAACCGAAACGCUGGUAACUCGGGUGUGACGCCAUUCCCAGCUCAGACAUCUGAUUUCCGAAUUAACUUAAAUGUAGCAUCAAUUUAUUGGUCAAAUUGGCGGAAAUGUCGCGGUGAUUGGAGAAAAUAACAGCGCCUCGCUGAAUUUGCGGUGAUUGGUUGAAUUUGUGUUGAUAGUUGCGAACGCAACCGCGAAAUCCUAUAGGGACUUUUCCUCCUGUCUUUUCAAAGUUUAUCACCAACUAUGAAUAUUUGCUGUGAGGAAAAGUAGCUAAGACUAAGACUAACCUUUUUUUUUUAACGUUAAUAAAAUUGACUAAAAUUCGUACUUGUCCGACAUCAUAGUAUCUGACAGAAAACAAGCCCAUCAAUGACAAGACUGCUGAUUUUUAUGGUUAUUUUUAAUUCCUGAAACUGGUGUGAGGGGUUAGUGUAGAAGAACAGCCCUGUUUUUACGCUGUCUACAAAAAAAGGAUAACUUGCAAACAUUUGGAGAUGUUCAUCAUAUAAGGUCUUAUUAACUAUUAAUUAAUGCUUAUUACAAGGACCUUAAUAUAGAGGUGCUGCUAAAGUUUGUAAAAGCACAGAGAUGAAGCUCAAGAUGUGCCGAUGUGUGUUCAACAUUGUGGUCCAAAUGUAUCUUCACUGUGGGACUCCAGCUGAUGGCUGUCCUCGUCCGUGCUGGUGUAAAUACUGAGUCUGUAUCGCUGUGAUGUAAAAUAGCAAAUAUAAAACCAGAGUCGGAGCCUUUUGUCACAGAAAAAAGGGUUUAUUUAAAAAUAAAGUUAUAUCCCUCUUACUCGUCAAGGACUGUGAAAACAAAACAAAAAAAAAUGUUGUCAUUGUGUUAUUCAUCUUUCGCUGCUUGAACCACAACCAUCUCGGCUCCUGUUUCCGACACUGACAGCUUCGAACAAAAGGUAGAGAUCGAAAACAAAGAUUGAUACGUGUUUUUUUUUUACAGCUGUAUGAAGCAGGUUUGUUUUUUUCUACAGUGAAGACAUUCGAUGCUGAGGUUAAAAAAAAAAACAGAUAUAGAGACGGAGGCGACGCAACACCUUCUGGCGUGUUGCGUUCAAGACUUAAAGAAACAGAACAGCUGAUGAUGUGACGCACAGCAUGCUUUGAAAACACCUGACAAAGUAAAUAAGGCUUUUGCUGCAACAAAACAAAUUGUCCUAGCUGCUCACAGAGAAGGGACAAAAGUGAUUUCAAUGUUGACACCAACAUUCUCUAUCAUUUCUAUUACAAACUCCAACGAUCCCAACACGUACAAAAAUAAGGAUAAGUCUGAUGAAUCUCCGCUUUAGACCCAAAACAGACCCCUAUUGAAAUGACUGAGCUUUACAUUUUAACAUUUACCCCUUUAAUAAAGAAAGGUCAGGCUGAGAGUCCUGAAAAGAAGAAGCACAGAGGCGAAGAAGCUGUUGGACGGACGUGAUCAUAAACAUUAUCCCUUAAAUCAAAGCAAUUCAGACUUUCCACCUUAAUGAAUCCAAGUAAUCUGAACACGAGUAAUCAGUUCAAGGCAAUAAAACCUGAAAUAAAGUAGAUCCUGUAAACACUCUCUUAUACAACACUUCUUGAAAUGAAAAACAUGACAUUAGUCUGCUUUUCUAAACUAAAUAAUGGGCUGAUUUGCCGCUUGAAUGGAUUUUUAUUAAUAAAUUAUCGAAAACUAAAUACAAUUUCAGUUCAUUUAAAGAUAGGAGGUGGUGUAGAAGGAUGAUACGAGCAGAUUUGGAUGGUUUGCAAACAUUUAAAAAACCUCUAUUUGAUUUGAAAAGGGUGCAGAGACAACAUAUAAAAUGCUGAAACUGAUUCCAAACACAUAAAAAAGUUCGAACAGAGACAACAGCUCUGCAGGGAACUAUUGAUCCUGAAUAAUUUCAUCAAGUGUUGGAAAUACAUGUGCUGCCACCCAGAGGAGACUGUGAAUAUCUCAGCUAAAACAAUGCCAAACCACAGUCUGAAUGUAUCACAACAGCAUGGCUCUGUAGUAGAAGAGUCCACGUGCUUAACUGGCCUUAUUUGUAUAAUUCAUUUUAAAGCAUUUGGAGCAUUUCAUCAUAAAACUUCAACAUUUAUGGAGUGUUGUUAAAAGAGGGGGUAAUGCAUGCCCCUCACCCUUUUUCAAAAGGUGCUACAGGAAUUCAUUUUGUUAUCUUUGCAUGAUUUUCAACUAUAUAUAUAAGAUUUUAAUCAUUUGCAAUCCACCAAAUUCGGUUGAAUUGUAGGUCUCUUUCUUAAAGUUCUGGUGUAAAGGAGCUCGCCGAUACUCUAAAACUGAAACUCAAGCAUGAAAAAAAGGCACAUCAUGUUUUUAGAAACCAUAACUUGGCGACAGGUCACUGACCUGUUAAUAAGGAGUAAAAUAAAAAAAACAGUCUGAGCUGACACAGUGAGAGAGUACAGGUGGGACGCUGUAGCUGAGCGGUGCCGUGCCGGCUGAAUCUGUGCAAACAGAAAAGAAAUCAAAGCACGAAGGGUACGAGGCUCCUGCUGGCUUUCACAAUAAAGCGAGGGACGCUUGUUUACCGCUGUGCGACUUAAGACGGCAGCGAUGGGAGAGGAAACAGUUAAAACAAGUCCGAAUCAGUUUUAAAUGUUGAAUGUUCCCUUAAAACCUUUACUCUUCGUUACCUGGUGUUUCAGUUUCUUCCUUUCGUCCCAUCACUCCUAAAAAGCCGAACACCAGCAGACAAACCCCGCCUCUCUUAUCAUACACAGAAAGAUAAGCUUUUUAUCAUUAUUUUUUUUAAAUUACUAUCCAUAAAUAAAAAUCUAUAAAAGAAAAAAAAAAGGACAGACUCCCCUCCUAUAAAUAAAAAACAAAGAUUUCCAGCAAAACACAGAGAUAAAGAUUUGUAUACAAAAUAAAUAAAAAAGAAAAACUUUCAAACCCAUAUGAACAAUAUACAGUGUUACUAAUAUCAUGUUAAACCUCUGCGAAUAGAUUAAAGUAGUGCAUUUUUCCCCAUUCACCACAAGGACUACUAAUUUCACUCAUCUCCAUUUUCUCUUCUGCGUGUUUGCAGAUCCUAACGAUUAACCAAGAGACGCAAGGUUUCUGCGCUGCGGGAACACUUGGUCGGCGUGUCGUUGUGUCCGGUCUGAGCGUGUUUUUUUCUACUUUCUACAAGCCUCUCGGUGUCCGCGUGUUUCUCCUCACGAUCUACGAACGAAAACAUCACCACUUUCUUCGAACUCUACACAGCUAAAAGAGAAUAACCCUCCCUGAACGGCGAAACAGUCAGACGAAGAAACGCGUACGGGGGGUUCUCACUGGCCUUUUUUUGUAGAAAAAAAAAAAACACACGUUUGUUUCCUCGUAGCUUUAAAUUAACACCAGUUUUUUUGUUUUGUUUUUUUCCAAAGGUGAACGUAUGAAAAGAGGAUGAAGACCGCCUGGAGUCUGGAGGAUGUGUGGUGACGGGAUCAGACCUCCUGGAAUAAAAACCUCGACUUCUAUGUUACAUGUCUGUUCUCUGCGUUUCUAUCCAGAGGGGAGGAUCCAGUUGGUUACAGUGUGAAACUGUGUUCUUCCUAAGCCGAGGGUAGCCCCCCCUGUGUGUGUAUGAAUGUGUGCGUGCGUGUGUGUGUAUGCAGAUAUGGUUACAUGUGUAGGGAUUUGUGCCUUCGGGCAUGCCAGUCCAGUGUAAACCUACCUAAAGAAGAACCAGUUUGAGAUUUCAGAGGGGGGAUUAAGAGGAGGAGGGUCUCGGAGGCUGAUAGGAAGUGGGGUCUGAUUCUCGUCUCUCCCUGCCCCAGCGAGCUUAAACACACACAGACAGACGCACACACACUCAGGCAGGCAGUCACUGGUGUGUGCGGUCGACCGAAGGGGCAGCGGAGAGCUGGUUAGCUGCGGUUUUUUCAAAACGUCUAAGGCGAAUCCCUUUGUUGAUUCAAGUAAUGCUCCUCUACUUCCAGGACUGGCGGCGCCCCCUGCUGGUGAAUCAGAAGGGUGACAGGUGCUCAAGUUUGGCUGCAGGACUGAUUCGCAAAAAACAAUAAAUAGAACGAGGGUCUGCAGUCAUGGAUGCUUUUCUGUCUGGACACCCACCCCUCGAGAAAAAAACAAAGUCUGGCGUGUUUGAUUGAAGGGUGCGUGAUGCCCUGGAGUGUGCGUAAAUGUCCCUCGAACACACUCAUGAAGCUGCUCCGUUUGACUCCCCCCCACGCUCCCCCUCCUCCGUCAGCCUCCUCCCCUCCUGUCAGGCGGCGUGUCGCUGCUAUAGGCAGUCUUUGCACAGCGCCACCUGACCCUUCAUGUAGUCACGGCAGGGGCAGAUGCGCUGCAGCGACUGGUGGGCGCCUGCGCAGCUGAACAGCAGGAGGUCGGACUGGAAGAUGCAGUGGCGGCGGGUCUGGCUGUAGGCCGGGACCACCGUGUCGGAGCUG